AUGUGGAAGGAAGAAGUAGGCAGACUUAGUAAAGAAGAUAUCAUCUUUAAAAUCUUGAAAUUGUCUAUAGAAAAAGUUCUUAACAAUGAAGAAAUUCAGCUCAAGCCCCAGGUGCACAUGUUCCAAAGGUGGGCUGCUGUUCUUGGUCAAAACAGUAUGGUUGAUGGGAAUGUGGAACUGGAUACAUCAAAAAUAGACAAGGGAGCCCUCUUAGGACAUGGAUCCAGUGGAGUGUUGAAUUAUGCAGCUGCGUCAAAUAUUUACAUACAAACUCUGUAA